UCUCGAGUGAGAUCACACCCUCCAUUCUUCAGGCUGAUGGUAUUGACUCCCCAUAUUCUCGUGGGAUCACGCGAUACGACAGAGACAUCCUCGAAGUACCACUGAAACUUCCGCUCUUCCGGAGAGUCCUGCAUCUCAUAGUCAGGCACAUCCAGCCACACCGCCUGGAUGUGCCCCAGCUACGGACCACCUUCCCAUUGAUACAGCUGGCAUCGUAGGAUUCACGCUCUGGAGUAUAUACUGCCAGCUACCCUUCAGGUUACAUCAGUAUUCGAACAACAACGUCGUCCGGAUGACGCCGACAGAAACGGGCCCCCUCACGACUAUAUGCUGACAACUUGCAACAUUGAAUGGAACAUCAUUCCCCAAACCGUCGUCCGAAUAGUGCCCUCUGUGGUACUAGGAAUGCAUCCAGUAUGGUGUUGCUGGCAUGCAUCCAUAUUGGGGUGAGUCUUGGGUUCAGGCUGUGGGAACAGUUUUUCCAAGAGAAAUCACAUGCGUCCAUCAUGAGACACAACUGUCUGAAGGAAUGCAAUUCUCGUGUCACACUUCCUUCUGCUUGAAGGCCUAUCGUGCUUGAGUGGAUAAGCCUGGCUGCUGCGGUAGCAUGGUCUCAGUUCAACAGAGUUCAUGAACUAAAGCAGGUACCUAACCUGGUGGGUAGCGAUAUGCUGAUUUCCCAGACACCAGCGCACUUGCUGGCCAUAUUAUUCCGUGCGGACAAUGAACAUCUCAGUUCCCAAGUCGGAGACAUUGUUUGCCUGGUCUUAGGAUGAAGUUCUUGCUCUGUUGCUAUAGGAGCGAAGGGAUCGUACAAGACCGUACAGGCUGCAUCUGGAGGAAGCCCGGAGAGCUAUUUCCUCCUGCCCCGACAAGUACGUGAUAUAUUGGAAGAGAUCUGAAAAGACAGACUCGUAGAAAAAUAUUUCUGGUCGAGGCACACCGCACGUGACUGAUGUAUGUCAUUGGAUGGCCUCAUUUCCGUUUCCGGCGAAUUCAGGCCACUCGCGCAUUCGGCCCUUCCAAGAUGUAGAUUAUUUGACAGGGUCACAAUAUUCUAACGACUAUGCUUGUAAUUCUGUGGUUAGAGAAGCUCUUUGCCAGUCAAUGUUAGGGUAGUCUGUAUAUAUU